CGCGGCAUGUCAUGUUAGAAAGGGGAGCGAGAAGGGAGGAGGGGGGUGACGUCCAUAGGAAGAAGACGACGACGACCGCAGGGAGAAAUGGGAAGCCGGAAUCCACCUCAAAGCCUUCCGAGGAACGCCGCCAUUUCUAGAGGCUACAACUUCGCAUCCACUUGGGAACAGAAUGCUCCUUUGACAGAGCAGCAACAGACGGCCAUUGUAUCGCUUUCUCAUGCGGUUGCUGAGCGAGCAAUGCCAGCCAAGCUGGUUGUAGAUAGUGCAUCAGUGCAAGAGAUUGGCCUGACUGUUUCCACCAAGGAUAAAUCUCUGGAUAACUCUGGAGCUAUUGAGGAGGUUAUGGUCAAUACGAAUCAGUUUUACAAAUGGUUUACAGACCUUGAAUCAGCCAUGAAGUCAGAGACAGAAGAGAAAUAUCAACACUAUGUGAACACUUUAACAGAGCGCAUACAAACGUGUGAUGAUAUUCUCCGGCAGGUCGAUGACACCCUUGAUUUGUUCAAUGAACUCCAACUGCAGCAUCAGGCAGUUGCUACAAAGACUAAAACACUACAUGAUGCGUGUGACAGACUGCUUCAAGAGAAGCAAAGGCUGAUUGAUUUUGCAGAAGCACUUCGUAAUAAACUCAACUACUUUGAUGAACUGGAGAAUGUUGCUACCAAUUUUUAUUCGCCAAAUAUGAAUGUUGGAAAUGAAAACUUUCUUCCACUUCUUAAAAGGCUUGAUGAAUGCAUAACGUAUGUUGAAAGCAAUCCACAGUAUGCAGAAUCCAAUGUCUACUUGCUUAAAUUCCGGCAACUUCAGUCUCGAGCUUUAGGUUUGAUGCGUUCUCAUGUACUUGCUGUUCUAAAAGGCGCCUCCUCUCAGGUCCAAGGAGCUAUUCGUGAAAGUGGGGGCAACAAAGCAAAUGUCUCUGAGGGAGUAGAGGCAUCCGUGAUAUAUGUUCGUUUUAAGGCAGCAGCAAGUGAGCUGAAGCCUGUGCUAGAAGAAAUUGAAAGCAGGUCGUCAAGAAAAGAAUAUGGUCAAAUCCUUGCUGAAUGCCAUAGAUUAUAUUGUGAGCAACGUCUCUCUUUGAUAAGAGGUAUAGUGCAGCGACGUAUAUCUGAAUUUUCCAAGAAGGAGGCCUUGCCAUCAUUGACUAGAUCUGGAUGUGCGUAUCUCAUACAGGUGUGUCAACUUGAACACCAAUUGUUUGAUCAUUUUUUCCCAUCUUCUUCCAAGGAUAUUUCAAGUUUGGCUCCAUUAAUGGAUCCCUUGUCGACAUACCUGUAUGAUACGUUACGCCCCAAGCUUAUCCAUGAAACAAACAUUGAUUUUCUUUGUGAACUUGUUGAUAUACUUAAAGUUGAAGUCCUGGGAGAACAGCUUAGUAGAAGGAGCGAAUCUCUAGCUGGUCUUCAUCCAACUUUUGAGAGAAUUUUAGCAGAUGUGCAUGAGAGAUUGACUUUUCGGGCUCGAACACAUAUCCGUGAUGAGAUAGCAAAUUUCAUACCAUCUGAUGAAGACUUGGACUAUCCUGAAAAGCUGAAGCUAUCUUCUGAGAGUACAUCAGAAACCAAUUCUGCCGAUGACAACCCUGAUGUAUUUAAGACUUGGUAUCCGCCCCUAGAGAAAACUAUAUCAUGUCUUUCUAAGUUGUACCGUUGUUUGGAGUCUGCAGUUUUCACGGGUCUGGCACAGGAAGCAUUAGAAGUUUGCUCAACAUCUAUUCAGAAAGCAAGCAAAUUAGUUGCAAAGAGAUCGUCACCAAUGGAUGGACAACUUUUUCUUAUAAAGCAUCUUUUAAUUUUAAGGGAGCAGAUAGCACCUUUUGAUAUCGAAUUUUCUGUCACACACAAGGAACUUGAUUUCUCUCAUUUGCUGGAGCAUCUAAGACGGAUCCUCAGAGGUCAAGCCUCACUGUUCGACUGGUCAAGAUCAACUUCAUUGGCUAGGACUCUGUCUCCAAGAGUUUUGGAAAGUCAAAUUGACACCAAAAAGGAGCUGGAAAAAACCCUUAAAGCAACUUGUGAGGAGUUCAUUAUGUCAAUUACUAAGCAAGUCGUGGAUCCUUUGCUCUCAUUUGUUACAAAGGUGACAGCAGUUAAAGUUGCAUUAUCCUCAGGCGGUCAGAAUCAAAAGCUAGAGUCGGUUAUGUCCAAACCCCUGAAGGAGCAGGCUUUUGCUACUCCAGAUAAGGUGGCUGAACUUAUUCAGAAGGUAAGGACUGCAAUUGAGGAGCAGUUGCCAGGGGUUAUAGCAAAGAUGAAGCUUUAUCUGCAGAAUCCCUCAACAAGAACAAUUCUUUUCAAACCAAUAAAGACAAACAUUGUAGAAGCCCAUGCCCAAAUACGAUCCUUGCUGCAGUCAGAAUACACCAAUGAAGAGAUCCAGGACAUCAAUAUUAUAUCCAUACAUGAUUUGCAAACUCAGCUUGACAAUCUCCUAUGAUCUAUUUGUAGAGGCCGGUGAAUAACUUAAUGCAUGGGUUGGAUGAUCUUGAACAUUAAGACUUAUGUUUUGUAUUGUCUCUAUAUUCAUCUCCAGUUAAAAUUGUAGAAUUUUUUGCGAGUUAUAGUAGGGUUUUGGUUUUGCUGCGGAGCAUCUGUGCCAUUUUUUACAUUGGUGAGUUUUAUGUUGUACAUUUUACAUUUUAUUCCUCUCGUCAUCUUCUGGACCUUAAGAUAAUAUUGGAAUGAAGCAACCAACAUUAUACUUGCCUUAAAA